AUGUCAGCCUCCGCCUCCGUCUCGUCCUGCGCAAACAAACGAGAUGUACUCAAUCGUGUCAAGGAAGUGCUUGAGACGUACGUCAAGUCGGGCGUGAUUGACCGAGAGGACUUUAAGGAUCUAGCAAAGAAGUCGGCAGAGGCGAUUGUUCCGCCGGUGGUCGUGGGGGAAGUUGAUCGAAUCACACGGCGGCGGCUGGUGACAUUUCUGGAGGAGAACGGCGCGGGAGAGGCAGUGAUCGCCUCAAUUUGGGAGGGGGAGAAGGCGAAAGUGGAGGAGGAGAAGGUAGCAAAGGAGGGCACGCCAGAGCCGUCCAAGACGUCAACUGUGGGAAUGGGAUUUUCGCUUACCGCACUGCGGGCGCGGAUGAUGAAAAAAAAAGAGGAGCUUCGGAGGCAGCGGGAAGAAACAACGAUGACGGUGGAGCAAGUGCUGCGGGGUGAUGCACCCACCGUAACGGCAAGCGGUGCCCCGAGUCUGUCGCAUGGGGACACGCUCUGCGACAGUGCGGUGGCGGAGGAGGAGGAACCACCUACCCGCAGGUAUAAGACGGAGUCCCAAGCACCGUUGCCGUUGCCCUCAUUGCAAGAAGUUGACCUUUACGCAGAUUUUGAAAGCAUUCCCUCCGGAUGGCGCACGCAACUGCAGCCCAUGUCCAUGUAA